GGGAGGCUGGGAACAUGGCGGGGAGGCCCGCGGCCGCCGGCACCCCGCCGCCGGACCGGGACCGAGCGGCGCCCAAUGUGGUGGCGUGGAUCUCGCAAUGGGCAGACGACCACCUGCGUCUCGUCCGGAACAUCAGCACCGUAAUGGCCAUAGCUGGAGUAAUGUUACUUCUAAGAAGUGUUCGAGUGACAUCAAAAUUCACAAGUUCUUCAGAUAUUCCAGUAGAAUUUAUAAGAAGGAAUGUUAAACUACGAGGACGACUACGCCAAAUAACCGAGAAUGGUUUAGAGAUUGAACAUAUUCCCAUUACUUUACCUAUUAUAUCUUCAUGGAGAAAAGAGCCGUGUGGUGCUUUGCUGGUUAAGUUGGCUGGAGUAGAACUCACUGAAACUGGGAAGAUGUGGUUACAGAAAGAGCUAAAACCUUCCCAAGUAGUAUGGUUCCAACUUCUUGGAAAGGAGAAUUCAGCACUCUUUUGCUACCUUUUAGUGAAUAAGGGUAGAUAUUUUAGUGUGAGUCUGAAUGAAGAAAUUUUGAGAAGAGGCCUUGGCAAAACUGUUCUCGUUAAAGGGCUAAAUUAUGAUUCUAAAAUCUAUUGGAGAAUUCACAGAAACUUACUUAAAGCUGAAUUAAUAGCCUUAAAAAAAGGAGAAGGAAUAUGGAAGGAAGAAUCUGAAAAAGAAAGUUAUUUGGAAAAAUUCAAAGGCUCCUGGAGAGAAAUAUGGAAAAAGGACAGUUAUUUUAAAAAAAUUGGAUCAGAUUUCAACUUGAAAAGAGAAAGUUAUUAUGACAAAUUUAGAAGGACUUAUGAAACAUGGAAAGAAAACAUGAAUAACUACUCCUUAAUACUGAAGUUCAGAGAACUUCUGAGUCGCAUACACUUUCGUAGAAAAGGAUGAAAUAUUCCAAGAGAUCUGGAGGUGACCUACUCCAAAAAGAAUAAAAUAUAAUGGAUAAAUAUAAUGGAUAGUUUUCAUUGAGUUGAAAUGGGAAAUUUCCCCAAAUGAUCAAAGUUGCAUUCUAAUGUAUUUAAAUAUUUAAGAGAUGAUUCUUAUAAAGGUAAUAUCAGAAUAAUUUAAAUAAAUUGUGAUUAAUGUAAUAUCCUUUUAGGAAAAAUGAAACGUUCUAUAAAAAGUUAUCGGGUUGAGGGCGAUAUACACGUAGUGAUAAUAUAUGAAGAGAGAGUUUAACUAUUGGCCAUUGUAUUAUUUUAGUCAUUUGGGGCAGCCAUAUUUAACUUUU